CAGGGGCAGAGUGACACAACUAAGCAGUCAGUGGUUGUGAUGUCAGACUCAGAGCUCAGUAGUGUUGAUGCGUCGGAGGACUACCUCUCGCAGGAGGAGGAUGAGUUCCGCGAGGACGAGGACGAGGACGAGGAGGAUAACGGUGCUGGAGAGGAGGAGGAUGACGAUUUUGAACAAGUUGAUGAUAGGUACGACGACGACGACGAUGACGACCUUGAAGAGGAUAACGAGAGGGCAGUUGCUAAGCGUGGCAAACGGAAGUUACAAGUGAAGUUGACGCUGUCGAAAGGAGCAAAGAAAGCCACCAAAGGUGACGGUAAACAGCCCAAGAAGAAGCAGCCCAAGACCAGAGGUGGUUUCAUUAGAGUAGUCCCGAGGAUGAGGAGAACUGUGAAUACCGUGACGGAGAGGCAGCCGACCAGAACCAGCGGACGCUCAACAAAGAAGACCACGAGCUAUGCAGAAUCAUACGAUGACGACUUUGAAGACGAGAGCGAGUACGGCAACGAUGAGAACGAUGUGAUACCAACGCCUGCGCUCGACGAGGAGGACCUCAGCGAGGACGACGAAGAGGCCACUCCUUCAGCAGACGUGACAAAGAUGACCGAGAGACAGAGGGCGAUGUUCUUGAGCGAGGAGAGCGAGACCCCUCAGCCUGCACAGUUGAUAUCGUUGAGCAACGGUGUAAGCAAGAAGCGUGUGUUGUCCGAGGAGGAGAACCAGCUAAGGAAAGCAGAGAUUGCUAGAAAGAGAAAGAACCUAUCCGAGAAGAAACUCGAAGAGGAGAAACAGGAUACCAUCAACAAAUUGCUCAAGAGAAGGGCUGGAAAGGCCAGCUCUGCGCAGUUAGAGGAGGAUGAAGAGAACUUACUCAAGGACAAGCCUAGAAGACCGCAGUUGGAGCACAAAGCGUUGUUCACAUGGGUCUCUAAAGGGGACUCAUUAGCGUUGAGAGUACCUGAUCCACUUCUUUAAAGGCUUCAAUGGCACAGGGAUGACUGUA